CCUGUAUUGGUGGGGGAAAUGGCCCUCCUGUGCUACAACUGGGGCUGCGGUCAGUGCUUCGAUCCCGAAACCAUUUCGGAUGAUGUUUGCACCUACCAACCAGGUGUUCCAGUCUUUCAUGAUCCAUUAAAGGGUUGGUCUUGCUGUAAGAGAACAACUGAUUUUUCUGAUUUUUUAAGCAUUGCAGGCUGUACAAAAGGAAAACAUAAUAGUGAAGAGCCACCUGAGCCAGUCAAACCUGAAGUCAAGACUACUGAGAAGAAGGAACUAUCUGAAUUGAAACACAAAUUUCAGGAGCACAUUAUUCAAGCUCCUAAACCAGUAGAAGCAAUAAAGAGGCCAAGCCCAGAUGAACUAAUGACAAAUUUUGAAUUAAAAGCAUCUGCUUCCCUUAAACAAGCACUUGAUAAACCUAAACUGUCAUUGGGGAAUGAAAAAAAUAAAGAUGAAGACAGUCAUGAAAUUAAAAUGAGCACUUCAUGUAAAAAUGGAGGGUGUUGAAAGACAUACCAGGGUCUGCAGAGCCUAGAAGAAGUCUGUGUAUAUCAUUGUGGAGUACCUAUUUUCCAUGAAGGGAUGAAAUACUGGAGCUGUUGUAGAAGAAAAACUUCUGAUUUUAAUACAUUCUUAGCCCAAGAGGGCUGUACAACAGGAAAACACAUGUGGACUGCAAAGGAUGCUGGGAAAAAAGUUGUUCUAUGUAGACAUGACUGGCAUCAAACUGGGGGUGAAGUCACCAUCUCAGUGUAUGCUAAAAAUUCACAUCCAGAGCUGAGUCAGGUAGUCACAAACACUACAUUGUUAAAUGUGCACAUUGUAUUUGAAGGAGAAAAGGAAUUUCAUCAAAAUGUGAAAUUGUGGGGUGUGAUUGAUGUAAACCAAAGUUAUGUAAGUAUGACUGCAACAAAGAUUGAGAUCACCAUGAGAAAAGCUGAACCUAUGCAAUGGUCAAGCCUUGAACUACCUGCAGCAAAAAACCAGGAAAAACAAAAAGGAGGUAAAGCAGAAUGAACUGAGAGGGGAUAACCAGCUAUUGCCUCUUUCAAACUUCUUAACAUGUGGUGAAAUAAUGGCUUGCUGCUGUAAUCUUUAGUUUAAUCUUUGGUUUUGCUGUUGUAGAAUCUGGCAUUUCAGGGUCAACAGUCUAGGUUCUUAAAAGCCAAAGUCAGUUUAUCUUGUGCUUCCCAUUUUUCUUUUGAGUUACCUAAGACUGAUUAUUCAUUUCUCCUCACUAAUAGAACUGUAGUUGUGUUCCAUACUUGAAGAAGCUAGAAAACAGCUGACGAAUAGAGUAGUUCUUAGUAAAUAUUAUGUCAAGCAGCAAAAUGUAAAGUAAUAUUUGUUCACAUCUCUUUCUAUUAUUUCAUAAUUAGUAAAACGAUGAAAUGUCAAAAUUUUAAUUAGAUUUUUCAUGCAUUUUUGUUCCUAUAAUACUUGAAAAUCUUGAAGGAAAAGGUAAAGCUCUGCAAUGUUUCUUCCACUUGGGUCAGUUACUUUCUGUAAGAGGAUUAAUUCGGAAGUAGUGUAAUACGUAGUUAAACAGAAAUAUAUGCGUUGAUGAACAAAUCAGAACUUGCAACUAAUUGAAAAAAAAAUUUUAUCAAUACCUGUAUUACUUGCCAAACAGUACCAUUUAAUAGUAUAGGAAACAUUAUAAAUAAAAGUGUAGAGGUAUCAAUUUGGUUAAAAUUCACCAUUUUGUAAGACUAAGCAAUAAUGUUAAAUAUCUCUUCCCUAAUUAUUUACAAUGUCUUGGUAUGGUGUUAUGGCUAAAUUGUAUCUGAAUUACAGCUUACACCCUCUUAAAAUUUUUAGUUAAUUAUAAAGAGAAACUAAAUCUAUAUCUGGCUUUCCUUGCUAAACUAUAUCUGUAAAAUUAUAGAUUAAAAGGCUUAUGGAAAUACAUUAGUUCCAGAAAGCUAAAUAUUUAAGCUUUGCUUUAUGACAACUAUCUAUUACAUGUUAAAUAGAAUAGCUUAAUUAUUUUAUAGUUUUUUAGGCUUUCCUGAACAGUUUGACAAUUCUAAGUGAUACAGUGUUGAUUAUAUAUUGUACUGUAUUAAACAGGUAUCACAGAAUUAGAUUGUUUAUGCUAACUGACACCAUUAAAUGACAGGUUACUUUUUGAGGUAGUGCAGAGCUCAUGAAGACAAUGAAAAAUGUUAUGAAGGCAAAAAAUGGCAGAAUUUAAUAAAUUUGGGCAUGAAUUAUGCUUACAUAGAUUAAAAUGAUUAUUUCCUAAAAAA